UGUGCAAUUUGUAAAGAACAAAGUAACACUGGAAAUUACUAAUAAGAGAUCUUUUUAUGUUUUUUUUAAAUCUAAAUUUUAAUGUAAAACAAAAAUAAUGAAUUCUGAAAACGUUUUAGGGCUGUGUAUAGCGGCGGUGUUGUUAUUGUGUAUUUCAACUAAAGCUGAUUUCGAAAGUGAUGUCCUGAUUUCCCAUAAUUUAUUCAGAAUGAAGCAUGGUUGUCCCAUAUUCUACCUGGAUGACGAUUGUUCCGCAGAAUGUAAGAAAUAUGCAGAAAAGCUUGCCGAAGAAGAGGAAUUGAAUCAUUCAGCUGCAAAUGGAACAUAUGGGGAAAAUCUGUGCUACACAACGGAACAAGCGGAAUUGUGUGUCCAAAUGUGGUACGACGAAGUCAAAGAAUACGACUUUGACAAAGCCGAGUAUUCGCCCGCAACCAGGCACUUCACACAACUAAUUUGGAAGGCAACCAAAUCCUUAGGCGUUGGCCAAGCUACGAGCGCAAGUGGAAGACAUUUUGUUGUCGCUAGAUACAAGCCUGCUGGCAAUACAGAGGGAAUGUUCAAGGAAAAUGUGCCAAAGGCGCUGAGUUUUGGUCACAGAAUACACACUUCUAAGUAUUUUACCCUAUUUUCAUGGCUAUUUCCAGCAUUGCCGCUGCAAACAUUUUAAUAAAUUAAAUUUGAAAAAAAUUGUGCUUUUUAAAAAUUUUAUAAAAAUAAAUUAGCCAAAAAACAAAAA